AUGCUUCCAAACAGGUCAGAUCCUGUCUAUGGGUCUCAGGCCCGCAAAUAUCGGUCUAAACGACAACGACCUUGUGACCUUUGUAGACAGCGCAAAACCCAGUGCAAGAUCCCGGAAUCUGGUGGAGCGUGUGAACUUUGCGAGAAACUCUCGCGCAGCUGUACAUUUGUCUUGCAGCCUUUGAGAAAGGAACGAUGGCCUCCAGAGUCCAAGCCAAUUUCAGCGUUGCAUCAACCAUCUCGUCCUCCAGAGACGCAAUCAACAGAGCAGCAUCGUGGCGAGCAAUCUGACUUUGACUCCCGCGAUGGCGACCCAAUGACCAUCGACGUCGGCGCUUUCGAGAACGCGGACUUGGAGUUUGACAUUGAUGUCGAUUCGCACACAUUGCCGCCGGUAUCUGACCAGUUCUCGUUUUUGCGUCAGGGCGCGCCUGAGUCACAAGGAGGUGGUGCUAUUGACUGGUCGUACCUUACCUUUCCCAUCUCUCCUUUAGGUAACGACUUUGAUUUCCCAACUCGAAUGUCGGCAGCCAGUGAUGGUUCACCUCAGACAUUUCGAUUGGAACAGAUCUCGCCGCGUCCGAAUCAGCGGCACGAGCAAAAUGAAAAUGUUGCAAAUGGCAUCGGCUCGAGUGAUCAAGAUGACUUGCCCGAGAAUCUGCCACCGGACAAACAAGAAGCUCCAAGGAAUGGAGAAUGGUCAACCGACUUCUCUCUUGACGAACGCCCUGGCUACUCUUCACAGCUUGUCGGCUUAUCAAGUGAGACUGAUCCGUUCCUUUUACGGCAUUAUCAGUACGAUUCGCGGGACACGUUUCGGAUGUUCGCACUUGAUUUCCGUAAAGUUACGGACGACAUCAACAUGCCAGGGCCACUUGCCUCAACUCAACCCUCGCAGGUUCCUGCAAGUGACAUACCGGUCCAAUUCGUCAUGACCGAUGAGAAGAUCUGCCAAGAAGAUGUCAAAUUAGUCGACACGGACUUUGCAGGUUUCAAUACUGAAGCUGAGGAUCACGCCUUGUUGUAUAAGAUCGUUCCCAUUGACUUGGGCUCAAGACUCCUAAAACUCUUCUUCAAAUUCAUUCAACCUUCAUAUCCGGUUCUCUCUUCCCACGAUCAUAACGGCGAGUAUCGAAAUUGCAAUUGUUCAACUGGAUUGAGGGCAGCGGUCUACGCGUUAGCGGCGCCGUACUACUUCCUUGACGACUAUCUCUCCGUGGAUAGAGGUUAUCAACAGCCGUCUACAGAAGAGCUCUGGGGUAUCGCCCAUCGUGGAUUGCAACGAGAUUCCCGAAAGUCUCAUCUAGGGCUCGUACAGCUUGGCCUAUUGUUUUUGCAUCGACCUCCGCAAAAUUACGCCGUCGCCGAUAUACCAAGUUCGUGGGCCCUGGCGUGUUCUGUACUUGCCGCCGCAGAAACCCUUGGACUGAAUCUGGACCCGUCAGACUGGAAGCUUCCUUCCCACGAAGUCAGGCUGCGGAAGAGGCUGUGGUGGCUUGUUCACGUUGAGCACACCUGGCGAGCUCUAGUCUUAGGACGACCAUCUCAUAUUAACGCCUCAAAUUGGGACGUCUCUGAAUUGACCGCUGAUGAUUUUGACCUUGAUGACAUUGCGGAUCCGGAAGCUCGCAGCUGUGUUGAAGCACAGAGUCCGUAUUUUAUGGCUCUUUGCAGCUUGAGCACAAUUGCGAGCCAGAUUCUUGACGCUCUCUAUUCUAUCAAGUCGAUCCGUCAGGCUACCACACUGGAAGCUCUUCUAGUCCGUGCACAUCCAUUGAGGAUGAUGAUCCAACAAUGGCGACAGAAACUACCUCCGGAUGUGUUGAAGCCUACCAAAGAGCUCAUGGAGGAUGAUGGCCUCGACAACUGCGGUCCACUUCGUCUGACAUAUUUGACGCUGGAAUUACUGGUCUUCAGAGCACUCCUUCGUCCAUUGGCUUAUCAGCCGGGGACAGGUGAGCAGGAAAUGUCAGAACCUCGCUCCACCAUCUUCCAAAACAGUCAAUCAUGUGCCAAACUUGUUCUGGAGUUAGUGGCAGCUCUCAAGGCGAACCACUUUGUCAAUUUCUGGCCUUCGUAUACACGGUAUCAACUGUCUUACAUGACUAAUUUUGCCCUCCUCCUCUUUGUGCAGUCGCCGUCAACAGCUAUAGCCAAAGAGAACAAGAAUCUCCUGGAAAAAUGGCGCAGCACCAUCCGGAUGCAGUCACGAGCCUGGCCUGUGCUCAAACUGGCAGUAAUGAGACUCGACGCUGUGCUUUGGAAAGGUUUGGAUAACAUCGUGAGUUGGGCUGGAAAAGACAGUCCAGCGGAGAUACUGCUGAGGGAAUCAUCCAACGGCUAA